CAUCUAUACUUAAUCUGUGGUUACGUUACAAUACAAAGUGAGGUUAUGAUGUUUUGGUUUGAUGGUACAAAACAAAGUAACUUUUACCAAAAAUACAGCGGUAAUUCGUUAAUUUACGUAUUUGACAAAAAUUUAAUAAACAAUGCCACCAAAAAAGAGAGGCACCGUUCAUAACCGACGCACAAACCAUCAUGUUAAACGAGAUUACGCCGAGAAAUUCAAUGACCUGAGUAUCCAGUCGUCGUCAGAAGAAUCAAAUGAAAACGAGAGCUCAGGGAGUUCAGAUGACGAGGGUGUUCCACCCACCUUCAAUAUCAGCAUGUGGGAUUUAAAUCACUGUGACCCUAAAAAGUGUUCAGGAAGAAAACUCGCUAGACAUAACCUCAUCAAGAACUUAAAACUUGGACAACGCUUUCCAGGACUCGUAUUGUCUCCUGUUGGUACUCAGUGUGUGAGCCCGGCCGAUAAGGAUAUAAUAGAAAAGUUUGGACUAGCUGUGAUAGAUUGCUCCUGGGCGAAAAUCGAUGAAACCCCAUUUGACCGUAUGAAAUCAAAUCAUCCAAGAUUGUUGCCAUUUUUAGUCGCUGCAAACCCCAUAAAUUACGGAAAGCCGUACCAGCUUAGCUGUGUUGAGGCAUUGGCAGCGGCUAUGGUUAUUACAGGCCAAAAGAAAGCGGCACAAUUUUAUUUAGGAAAAUUUUCAUGGGGCCAUUCUUUCUUGGAAUUAAACUCUGAAGUGUUAGAUCUGUAUUCUAAAUGUACUGACAGUAAGAGUGUGAUAGAAGCACAGAACACCUUCUUAGAGAAUGCAAAUAAAGAAAGAGACUCAAAACCUAUGUGGCCUCCGAGUGAUUCUGAGACUGAGUCAGAUGAUAGUUCAUAGUAAUUUUACAUUUAAUAGUGAUGUUAUUCAUGUAAUGUUAUUAUGUAUUUGUAAAUAAUUGUAAAA